AUGGACGAGAACUACGUCUUCGGAUGCUUCAGCGAACACUUUGAGGUUCAAAAUGUGAAGCUCAUCCGUGACAAGAAUUCAGGACAGCUUCAGGGCUAUGGUUUUGUUGAAUUUACAAGUCGUGCAACUGCAGAGCGAGUUCUUCAGACAUACAAUGGACAGAUGAUGCCAAAUGUUGAGUUGACAUUUCGGCUAAACUGGGCCAGUGCUGGUGAAAAGCGUAAUGAUACUCCUGACUAUACUAUUUUCGUUGGGGAUUUGGCUGCAGAUGUUACAGAUUACUUGUUACAAGAGACAUUCAGGGUUCAUUAUCCCUCGGUGAAGGGUGCAAAAGUUGUGACCGAUAAAUUGACAAUGCGCACAAAGGGAUAUGGGUUUGUGAAAUUUGGUGAUCCUACAUAG